AUGUAUCCUGGUCCACUGCCUAUUCGUACGCAAAAGAUGGCGCCCAUUUACCUCAUUGUCGUCACAAAAGCCACAACCUUCUCUCGCGCCCUCUACAACAUCGUGUCCGCAACCCCCGAAACCCAGACAUGCGCCUACCCCGAAAACAACGAGGAAUUCUUCUACAUCAACAUACGCGUCACACACCCUGCUACCAAUCGCAGCACAAUUCUUAAGAUGGAGGUACUCAAAGAAGCCCACGUUCUCAGCGUCGAAGUACCCGGUCGACAGAAGACACUGCCGCUGGCCGAGCAAGCACUUUGCAACCGAGUCGAUGCAGAGUAUUCGGAUAGGAGGCUAAAGAGAGAAUCUUUUGAGAUGGUGUGGAGGUUCGAGCAGGCGGAUGACGUGGAGGGGAAGUAUAAAGACGAGGCGAGGAAAGUGAGUGUGGAUAUUAUGGCGAGGGACUUGAAGACUACUUGGUGGGAUGUGUACGAGUGUGAACUUGGUUGA